AUGGUCGAGGUGCUCGUGGCGGAGUACAACUGCUCCUACAUCUGCGGCCGGGAGUGGUGUCGACGGCAAGGGGAGCGGCACAGGUGGCGGGUGGAGGUUUGGUGGCCCGGGCGCGGUUCGCUGGUGGUGAUGGGGGAGGGCAUCGCUGGGGAGGUGGAGGGGUGGCGGGAGCAGGUGAGGGCUGGGAAGCGUCUGCUGCUCACCGAGGACCUGCUGGCUCUGCUGCGCGGCGCUGGCUGGGGGGGCGGGAAGUCCCGUCAGGGACGCCAGCGGGGGGCGCGGCGGGAGCGGAAGCGGUGGGAGUUGGAUGAGGGGGAUGAUGGUUGUCUCGGCGAGCACUACGGUGCUUGCGGAUUCGAUCAUCCGCCUUGGGACGACUUCCUCUAUGGCGAGGACGGCGGCUUCUAA